UCGUUUCACUAUAUAAAUGAAAAACCAAACCACUUCUCCUAUAACGCUGAAAACCACAUUCUCAAGACUCAAAACACAAAACCUCUCUCUUCCUUUUCCAAUCUCUCUGAUUUCCUUUACCAUUCAACUUUUAAUGGCAGGAACCACGGCCAAAAAAACCGACAAGAUUCGUCAAAUCGUGCGUUUGAAAAAACUCAUGACACGGUGGAAACUCAUGAGUCUCCGUCGCGGUCGCGGUUUCCUUUUCUGCGAACCGGAACAAACCGAACCGUGCACCUUUCCUAAAAGACCACCACCUUCCGGUUUUUUAUUCGUUUACGUUGGACCGGAACGACAGCGUUUUGCGAUGCCCGCUCGGUUCAUUAACUUCCCCGUCUUCGCUUCGCUUCUCGAUGUAACCGAGGAAGAGUUUGGUCUCCGAGGUAACGGCGGUUUGGUUUUACCUUGCCACGUGGAUUUUUUCACGGAAAUCGUUAAACGCCUUCACAAGAAUGAACACAAGUAUAGGAAACUCUCUUUGGAAGCGUUUGUUAAAAUGUUUUCUGACGUGGCGGAUGAUUUUUGUAGGGAGAAGGAAAACGUCAUCGUUUUGUCUCCUCUUUUGCAGAAAGUCUUGGUUUAGAAUCUCGAUUUGUAAAUAAUGUUUUUUUUUAAUCCGUUUUUUAAAAUGGGUUUUUAGUUCUAAUCGUCCUUGAAUCUAUCUACCAAAAAUUUUAGUGGUGGGUUUGAAUGAGAUGUUGAACUUAGUUUAUUCUGUAACUUGGGCAUCUUUUUGUAUUUGAUAUGAUUGAUAACCAAUUGACAAUGAUCAAAUUUUAACGAUCAAGAGAAA